AUGGGAGCCAAGAAGAAAGCCCGUUCGCGUCAAAAGCAAGCCGUCCGUGAUGCCCUGUCGGAUCACUCUUCCUCCAACUCAAGCGAUGGCGAGAACGCCAAGGCUCCUCAUCUCUUUCAAGCCGGCGACAACCUGGAGAGGUUCCUAGUUCACAUUCACACUUGCAAGAAGAAUGAUUCGAAGCGAUUGGGCAAGUUCAUGCCCAGGCUGACUCGCGACUUGGAGCGAGGCAAGUUCGCCACGGAAGAGAUUGUGCAAGACCUCAUGAGCGAAUAUGAUCACAAAUUCAAUAUGGGCUCGAUGGAAAGAAUAGCCAUCAUGGGAAAGCUUCGCUCGGCCACACGCAACGCGUAG